AUGAAUCGGCAAGGAAGAGGAUCUUCAUUUGCAGCAAUGAGUCUGAGACUAUCGUGCCCAGUUCACUCCCAAGCCAAUGAAGCCAUCCUUCUCUUUUUCAUUGUUCUGCUGCAUGUAACAAUUCUUGCUGUUUUUGCUGGUAGUAAAAGUACUGGCACCUCUAGUUAUUUCGGUGGGAAUGAAACAGAUCAUCAGGCUUUGAUGGCCUUCAAGACACAUAUAACAUUUGACCCUCAAAACAUUUUCAGCUCGUGGAAUGAUUCCAUCCAUUUCUGCGAGUGGGAAGGUGUUACGUGUGGCCACAAGCAUAAAAGAGUCACUGUAUUAGAUCUUCAUUCCAAAGGUUUGGAGGGUUCCUUGUCUCCAUUCAUAGGCAACCUUAGCUUCAUUAGGGAAAUUGUGCUCUCAAACAACACCAUUGGAGGCAAAAUCCUUGAUGAAUUCGGUCGUUUGUUCAGGUUGCGAGUAUUGAGGCUAUAUAACAACUCCUUCAAUGAGGAAAUACCUGCAAACCUUUCCCAUUGCUUCAACCUCUACUUCUUUGAUGUAGGUAGAAAUAACCUUUCAGGAUCAAUCCCAAUGGAGCUUUCUUUUUUGUUGAAGCUGGAGGUUCUUUAUGUUGACACGAACAAUCUCAAGGGAGGAAUUCCAACUUUCAUUGGGAACCUUAGCUCUCUACAAAUUUUAUUCGCAUCCAACAAUGUUCUGGGAGGACAUAUUCCAGAUACCUUGGGUCAAUUAAGAAACUUAACGGAUCUUGAAUUUAGUAGAAAUAAACUCUCUGGAUCACUACCUUUUGAGGUCGGCAAUCUUGUCCAUUUAGGAUUAUUGGACUUAUCUGAAAACAAGUUGUCUGGUAAAAUUCAAAGCAGCCUAGACUCUUGCACAAGCCUUGAGUACCUUUAUGUGGAGGAUAAUUUAUUUCAAGGAGAAAUUCCAAUAUCCUUGAGUUCUUUGAGAGGUAUUCAAGUCAUGGAUCUUUCUCGUAACAACUUCUCCAAUCAAAUUCCAAAUUUCUUGGAGAAACUUUCCCUUAAGAAUUUGAAUUUAUCCUUCAAUGAUUUUUAG